AMGAUACACACAUAUAUAUGUCUUUAACAUGUUUAACACGAAUAAUUACCAACUGAUAAUUUCCAUAAUUUGCUCCAUAAUUGGGACUAGGUUCGGAGAAAUGGGCGGAGUGAUACAACGUAGCUGGAGUGGUGCGACGUGAACGUCUAACGCUGGUGGUGUUGUGCCGCGUUUAAAAUGGACUUUAAAAGCUGAUUUUCGCCAUGUCAACUUAACUUAAGAUUUAACGAAACAAUCAGUGACUUUUUAUUUGUGCAUUUAAUCGUUGCAUCGUCGUGUAGAUUAAACCAAAAGUGUGACUCCGCGCGCUCAGAACAUGAUGUUACUGUUUUUGGCUGUUUUUGUUGUUUCCUGUGGUUUUGCCUCAGGUUUACUGCGUGCCAAGGUUUGCUAUGGUCACAGUUAUAAGCUUCCAUCUAAAUAUUUCCCACCUCAGUCCAGUGACCUGGUGUAUUUCACUCCAAGCCAUGGUAGUCCCAAGAAGUUAUUGAUAGAUAAAGGAACGCCCGUUGACCCACGCAUCAGAAUUGACUCUGAUUCAUUUUGGCUCAUGAGUUUAACUAAUAGAGAUGAAGGAACUUUUGGCGUAUCGUCAGACGGCAACAGAUUCAAGAAUGUGUUGAUGUUGCAAAUCUUGGACUGCGCUGAAACAAUCACUGUGUUCUAUGUGGAGUCGCUGGAGCGCGACGUUCCAGCAGACACUGUGCUCCUGGACUACAUUCCACAGGAUGGUCUGGACGAGMCCAUAACCCCGUGGAAUCACACGGCCUUGGCUGUCAAGUCCAACACAGGAAGCCAUCAUACAAUCAUUACAUAUGUUACUGUCAGCUGUUCGAUUGUCGCUUUUGGAAUUUUCUGCUGCUGUUGCUGUAAGAAAUGCUGUAAAAAAGACAGUUCUACACCAGACACAGAAGCAGCUGCCCCAACUGUGUGUGAUCAUGAUCCGCCUCCAACAGUCCCAACUUGCUCUGGUCCAGUGUAUCCUUCAGCUUACCCUCAACAGCCAGGGUACCAGCCUGUAAAUAUCUACCCUCCUUCACCUGUUACCAACGUGAACCCCUCUCAGCCUGGUUACAUGACCGUGAACCCGGUUCCACCUGCUAUUAAUAUAAGCCCCCCUCCGCCCAGUUACAUGAACACGAACCCCAUUCCUCCUGGCAUCGUGAGACCCCCUUCGCCUGGGGUCAUGAACGUGAACCCCAUUCCUCCUGGCAUCGUGAGACCCCCUUCGCCUGGGGUCAUGAACGUGAACCCCAUUCCUCCUGGUAUCGUGAGCCCCCCUUCGCCUGGAGUCAUGAACGUGAACCCCCUUCCACCUGGGAUCACCACGAACCUUCUACAAACUGAGGUUGUGCCUCCAGCAGAUCAGGGACCUACAUCAACUCCAACAUUCAGCUCAGAGUUUCWCUCUUCWGRCUUUGAGCCAAGGUUUGAGCUGACAGGAUUCAACGAUCCCUUCGCUCCCCCCCUCAGUUCAAACACACCUUCCUCUGAUGUUUACAACUCUGAUAAACUAAACUUUCAAUAAAGAGAGCUUACCUCUAAUUUACACUACAUGUGUCUCCACUCCGCAGCAAAUACGUGCCCGUUCUAAUCAAUGAGUAUUUACACUGGCUCUGCACGAUGGUGCACAGCGGCGGUGAGUGGACGGCGAACAGGCAAAGUUAGAACCGAUCCUAUUUUUGCUGGACGCCGGAGCUGCUCCAGAGUAUAUGUAUAAUCGUACCAACAGAAAAAGGAACAAGCUAUUUUCAAAAUUGGGGUGCAAACGAACAGCUACGACCUGCGCACUGCAGCCCAGAGGAGCAGAGUCGCAUGUAGUGUAAAUCCAGGGUUACAGGUGCACACAUUCAGCUGUACCUACCUCAUAUGUUUUCAGCUUACUUGUUCUUAAGUCUAGAUCCCACCCCCCACACUGUGCUUAUCAUGAUGACUACAUAUUUAUUGUGCUCUUGUAUGUGUGUAACUCAGGAUGAAUAUACUCAGAGUUAACUGAACUCAUUGUAAUCAGCCACUCUGAUUCACUGGAACUGGAAACCCAGAGUUUUCGUGCUCUGAGUUUACUGAUAAACUUUGUUGAACCUGCUUUCAGGAACUGUCCAGUGGAGUUUGUAUAUGAAUCUGUGGACAAACAGAAUAUUUCACUGCCUUUAUCUGUGUACUUUAAGCAACAUGCUGACUGUAAGAACCAAAACAUUAGUAUAUAGGUUUAUAAUAUUAUAUGUACUGAUGAUACUAUUCGCUUGGAGGCUGAAUAUAAUCUACUAUAUGCACGAGAAGAAUCUUUUGGACUUUCUGGUUUUAUGUAGGCAUUCAAGUGAAAAAAAGUUUUGUUUGCUUUUUAAUUUUUUUAGUGCCUUAUUCACUGCCAAAAAAGAAAACUGUCAUAUUCAAGUUUCAUAGAAUAAUCAUAAAUGCAUGACAAUACACUUAUGUACGUGUUUACGUUUCCAGUGCCUUUAAAUAAAAAACAGAUAACAUUU